AUGAGCUCACUCAACUCACUUGACGAAGGUUGUAAAAGUCUUUACGUGGGUAACCUUGAUCCGAGAGUUACCGAUAGUAUGCUUCACGAAAUCUUUGGCGUCGCGGGAUCUGUUAACAAUACGAAAAUUAUUCCUGAUAAAAAUUAUCAACAUGGUGGAUUGAAUUAUGGAUUCGUUGAAUUUAAUGACCAUCGUUCAGCCGAGCAAGCACUUCAAACUCUUAAUGGAAGAAAAAUAUACAACAUGGAGAUAAAAGUAAACUGGGCUUUCCAAGGACAACAGGGUCAUAAGGAAGAUACAUCAAGUCAUUAUCAUAUUUUCGUUGGAGACUUAAGUCCCGAAGUUAAUGAUGAAGUUCUUGCCAAAGCUUUUAGUGCAUUUGGUAGCAUGUCGUAA